CUUAUAAUGGGAAAUCAGGCCCUGGCCAACUCUUCAUCUCACGCUGCCUGACUUCCUCCCAGCACAUUCCUGCACUCUGCCCGUGUCCACACUGCCCCGCAGACCUAGUCCCCUGAGCCCACUGCAGCCUCCCUCCCAAGCCCCUCUGUCUGGGUCUUGCCACAGUGCCAGCAGGUGGCCCUAGGCUGGGGACUGGGGCUCCCUAUAGUACACACAGCCCUAAGACCUCAGAGGGCCACCCUUAGAGGGUGGCUAGAGCUCUAGUGGCCCACCCACGUGCCAUCCCUUCCCCCAGCCCUGCCGGCCCCUGGUAGCACUGGCCCCCCCAGAUGCCCGGCUGAAACACAGCAGUGGCCUAAGCUGCCCACACCUCCUCCUGGCCUCCGAGUUUGGCACAGCAGCGAACGACUCCUUGGGCACCAGGCAGCUAACGGACGCAGCCGCCAGCCCGAGCAGCAGCGGCAUGGGCAGCACCAGCCCGGGCCUGAGCAGUGUCUCCCCCAGCCGCCUCCUGCUGCCCCCUGACACUGUGUUGCGGGCAGGCCUGGAGAAGGGGGCGGUGGGGGCGGCAGGGCCUGAGAGACGGGACUGGAGCCCCAGCCCACCUGCCACGCCUGAGCAGGGCCUGUCCACCUUCUACCUCUCCUACUUCGACAUGCUGUACCCCGAGCACAGCAGCUGGGCGGCCAAGGGCCCUGGAGGCAGCACUCGGGAGGAGCCAACUGAUGAGCCUGAGCAGUGCCCAGUCAUCGACAGCCAAGCCCCGGGGAGCAGCCUGGACUUGACGCCAGGCGGGCUGACCCUGGAGGAGCACUCACUGGAGCAGGUGCAGUCCAUGGUGGUGGGUGAGGUGCUCAAGGACAUCGAGACAGCCUGCAAGCUGCUCAACAUCACGGCAGACCCCGUGGACUGGAGCCCUGGCAACGUGCAGAAGUGGCUCCUGUGGACGGAGCACCAGUACCGGCUGCCCCCCGUGGGCAAGGCCUUCCAGGAGCUGGGUGGCAAGGAGCUGUGUGCCAUGUCGGAGGAGCAGUUUCGUCAGCGCUCACCCCUGGGUGGGGACGUGCUGCACGCCCAUCUGGACAUCUGGAAAUCAGCGGCCUGGAUGAAAGAGAGGACCUCCCCGGGGGCGAUUCACUACUGUGCCUCGACCAGCGAGGAGAGCUGGACUGACAGCGAGGUUGACUCAUCCUGCUCCGGGCAGCCCAUCCACCUGUGGCAGUUUCUUAAGGAACUGCUGCUGAAGCCCCACAGCUACGGCCGCUUCAUCCGUUGGCUGAACAAGGAGAAGGGCAUCUUCAAAAUUGAGGACUCCGCCCAGGUGGCCCGGCUCUGGGGUAUCCGCAAGAACCGUCCUGCCAUGAACUACGACAAGCUGAGCCGCUCCAUCCGCCAGUAUUACAAGAAGGGCAUCAUCCGGAAGCCGGACAUCUCCCAGCGCCUGGUCUAUCAGUUUGUGCACCCCAUCUGAGGGCUGUGGUCCAGGCCCGAGGCCUGAAACUCACCCUCACCAGACCUCCCUCCUGCCUGCCCUGCCUGGGCCAGACCCUGAGCCAGGGGAGAGGGCGGUCUGCUGGCAUCCAGGGUUCAAGGUCAGGCAGGGGAUGGUCCACAGCUCCCAGGGGUAUAAGUGAGUUCUCUGGGGCCUGAGGGACUCCCAGGGUGGGGUGCUUCCUCCUCAGGCCUGACUGCUCCUGUACCCAGUCCACCAGAGGAUGGAGGGAGCCAGGGCUGCCCUCAGUGUUCACAGCUCCCCAGGGAAGGCUCUCCUUCCACCUCAGCCUCUGACCCCAGAAUUUCCAGAGCAGAGUUGACAGAAUGGCAGUGACUUGGCCAAGGCCUCUAGCAGUCCAGUGCUCUCUGCCACCCAUUCUGCACCCGUCUGGCAUGGAGCCAGGGGAUGUCUGCACCCUUAAGCUGGGAAGCCAGAGGUACCCUGGGAAUGGAUAAUAAAGAUACUAGAGAACUGACAUGGCCCCAGUGUCCUGAAGUGUGUGGCACGCCCGGAGGCCAUCAGUGCUCGAAGUGGCUGUGGUCACAGGGGCCUGGGGUGGUCAAAGGAGGCUGCUUGAGGGAGACGACAUUGAAGCGAGCCUAAAAGGAAAGGGAUAAUUGAUUGGUAGAUGCUGUGGGAGAGAGACGGUGAGUCCUCAAGGCCAAUAAAGGGCUGGGAUGACCCUCCCCUGACCCUGGUGUGGGCUGAAAGGAGGGGCGUGGGCUGGAGCUGAAGAGGGUCUAUGGUAGGACUGGAGAGAAGGUGGCAUCCUUCCCACCUGGCUCUGCUGAGGAUCAGGACUUUCCCCUGGGGUGGGCCAGGGGCUGACCCUCCUGAGAGGGGGCCCACAGCCCUGAUCUCUGCUUGGCCAGCUGAGGGGGGGUCUGGGAUGGGGCUGCAGGGCCUUGGAAGGGAGGGGGGUGCUUCAGUGCCCCUCCUGGGACAGUGGCUCUGCAACGAGCAGUGUGGGAGAGAGGCUGGCUUGUGGGCAAUUUCUCUGUCUUGAGGGAAACCACAGACUUCAUCAGUGCCCCUGGGGCUGUGAGCCCCAUGAGUGGGAAGUGAGGGGUGAGAGCUCACGAUGGGAAAAGGGUGUGGGUCAAAGUGUUUGUGCGCUGGGGAAGACGGAACCUACUGGCCCCUCCCCUGGGCAAAGCAACUCACUGUUUCCUUGUGCUCCCUCACAUGUGUUCAUCCAGCUCACGUGUCCUGAGGGCCGACUAGGUGCUGGGCGCUUCCACCACCUCCACUGCUUCCACUGGGUGCUUCCACUGCUUUUUUGUCAUUAACUUUCCCAACAAAACUAUGAGAUAAAAGCUCUCCUCCUCCAAAUUUGGCAACUGAGGCUCAGAGCAGUUAAAUCACUUGCUCACAGCCACACAGCCAAUCAGUGGCAGAAAUAGGAACUGAACCCACAAGGACAGGGCUCUCUCUGCCCCUCCAGGCCUCCUGCUUCAUCAGCGUCCUUAGCCUCUGUAAUCCUUAGCUUCUGAUGACAGGCUUCCUGGAGACAGGACGGGGAGCCAGCAAUGCCACCCAGACCACUAAGGGUUAAAUGCUGCCCCAUACUGCACCUUCUGCCCUCAGCAAUUUUAUUGUCUCCAGAAGAAAGUUUACUCCUGGCAGUGAGCAAACAGCACCUUGGCAUCUGUCAGCUGGGAAUGUACGGGUAGGAGGAGGGGGCCUGCCCUAGGCUGGUGCCUUGCUGGGCCCCUGCUGUCUGCCCACCCCCAGGGAGGGGGCAGACUGGGACCCUGGCCAGAACCCAGAUCAGCUCUGCUGAACUGGUUUUGUCUCCAAGCUGCCCACCCUGGCCCCAGCUGAGUCCCUGGAGUCACCUACUUCGAUGUCUCCAGCUGGGCCUGGGCCUGGAGAGGCCUCAGAUCACAGUCUAGAGCUGGGAGGGAGGUGGUGAUGAGGAUUAGGGGCUAGGAGUGGAGAGCUGGAGCGGCUCCAGAAAGGGGAGCUGUGGGAGGCUGGGUGGGGCAGCUCCCUGCCGUGUGGAUCUGCCAUGAAGCACAGAGGCACACGUCCCUGGCAGGUGCACACCCAUCCAGUGACACCUCAUGUGCUGGCAGCAAACUUUGGAUUCCUCUUCCCCCUCUGCAUACCUCCCUGGCAGAACCCCAUCUAGCCUAGGCACUCCCUGAUCGCCUUCAGGGGAGCCCACCUCCAGGGCACCACACAACCAUAUGGAACAGCCUACUCAAAUAAGACAAGGGAAACUUCUGUCUUUAUUUGAAGAGUCCUCUAUUUGGCUAAAACCAGGGGCUUGUCCCUGGGUGGAUCUGGAGGAUGAAGACUAUGGGGGAGAGAAGAGAUUCAGUCCCCACCUGGACCUUUGCUCCCUGCCCUGAGCAUGCCCUGAGCUGGGGGAAAGCAGUUGGGGGCAGGGGACUGCAGUGUGUUUGCCUUGAACAAUGGGUUUGUGUCAGGACUCUGCCAGGCUUCCAGGGCCAGAAGGUUCUCAGAGAAACACCUAACCAGACUGGAGGAGGCUGAGGCCCGACUGGGGACACAGUGAACUGGGACUGGACCUGGGACUCCUGCCCUGCCUCAGAGGAGAUCGAGCCGGAUUGGGGAGGCUGGAGCAGGGCUGAGUCUGGCAGAUCAGAGUUGGGAGCCCAGAGCCCUGGACCUUCCUUCCCAGGGGUCCCACACAAAAGUGCUGUCAGAGGUCUGACAGGACAGAGGAAAGUGUAGCAUGGCCUCAUGUUAUACCACAGGAAGCCUGGGACUGUGGACAAUCAGAAGCCACAGGACUCAGCAGUCACUUUUAGAAUUUUGCUUUAAAAAUUAUAACUUAUUUGCGAUCAAAUUCACCCUUGAACCAUAAGUUUGGGACCCUGGACGCCCCAGUUCUCCUGGUCAUUGCUCAUGACUAUGUACCCAGAACCCUAAAGACCACAGCCUUAGAACCUCAGAGAGCAUCUGAUGUGAUCUUCCCUGUACAGGCAGGACCCGGGGCCCUGGGAGGUGAAGGGAUCAGCCCUCAGUCCUCCAGCCAGGACAGCACCCAGUCGUGCUGGGCACCACCUCCCCAACAAACACCCAACCACACGGAACUCUCAGAGGGCUCAAAAGACACACAAGACUCAAGAUGACAACGUCCAACCAGGUUGACACAGUUUUGGAUUUUAUCCACAGUCAUACAGUAACAACUUAUAUAUAUAUAUAUAUUUGUAUUUAUAUACCUUUAAAUUACACAGUCAUGUACAAAACAGGUGCAUUGCUGAGACCACAGCACUUCUCAGAGUUUCACAAGUGUUGGACUAAUGGAGUUAGGAAGCCUAGGGUGGCAGACGGCGGGCCGCAGAACGGUGCUUAACUGGGGACAAAACA